GCAGGCUGAGCAAGCUCAGCUGAGCUAUAAAAAGGCACAGCAUGGGGGAGGGAGGGCUGCCGUGUAGCAGAAGCCGUGCAGACGCGCACACACACUCACGGGGAUCCAGGGACAGCAGCCCCCUUGCAUUGGGAUCUAGAGCCUCAGCGCGGAAGAGAGUUGAAGGAAGCACUCAUACUAACACAACGCCAUGGCAGACAAAAUUAAAGAUGCCAAGAUCAUCUUUGUUGUGGGCGGGCCUGGCUCUGGAAAGGGCACCCAGUGUGAGAAGGUAGUCGCUAAGUAUGGCUACACUCACCUGUCAUCUGGGGAUCUGCUCCGUGCUGAGGUGUCCUCUGGCUCUGAGAGGGGCAAGAACCUGCAGGCCAUUAUGCAGAGGGGAGAGCUUGUGUCCCUGGACACAAUCUUGGAAAUGAUUAGGGACGCCAUGAUCGCCAAGGCUGAUGUCUCCAAGGGCUUCCUUAUUGAUGGCUACCCCCGUGAGGUGAAGCAGGGCGAGGAGUUUGAGAAGCAGAUUGGCAAACCCUGCCUGCUGCUGUAUAUCGAUGCCAAACCAGAGACCAUGGUCAAGAGGCUCUUGAAGCGCGGUGAGACCAGCGGCCGCUCUGAUGACAACGAGGAGACCAUCAAGAAGCGUCUGGACUUGUAUUACAAAGCAACCGAGCCAGUCAUCGCCUUCUACGAGAGCCGUGGUAUCGUGAGGAAGAUUGACUCUGAGCUGUCGGUGGAUGACGUCUUCGGCCAAGUGUCCAAGGCUAUUGAUGCACUGUAGUAAAACAACAUAACUAGA